GACGUCAUAAGGCUGCGCCGCGCUCUGUUGUGAUUCGACUGAAGAAGAAGUACACUGAACUACUGAACUAGAGCUGAUUGAGACACACCCAGAGAUUUAGUUUGGGUUUAUUACUAUUAUAAAUAUGGCGUUUAUUAAAGAGGAGAGUGAAGAAAUGAAGAUUGAAGAAACAUUCAGUCUGAAACAAGAAGAUACUGAGGAACAAACAGACAUGAUGUUCCUGAAAGAGGAGGGCCAAGAACUGAAUGAAACUGAAGAUAAAGAUCAGUAUGAGAAACAUCAAGAUUUCAUGUUUGGAGAAAAAUCAUUUAGAUGCUCACAGACGAAAAAUACUUUGUCUCAAAAAACCGCUCAAAAGCCAGCAACUAGAAAUCACUUCACAUGCCAACAGUGUGGAAAGAAUUUCGAACGAAACAGAAGUCUUAAAAUCCACAUGAAAAUUCAUACCAGAGGGAAGCCAUUUGCCUGCAACCAGUGUGGAAAGUGUUUCAAUCGAAAUAGAAGUCUUAAAGACCACAUGAGAAUUCACACCGGAGAGAAGCCUUUUUCCUGCCAACAGUGUGGAAAGAGUUUCACUCAAAAAGUACACCUUGUAAUCCACAUGAGAGUUCACACUGGAGAGAAGCCUUUCAUCUGCCAACAUUGUGGAAAGAGUUUCAAUGAAAAAGGAGUCCUUAACAGACACAUAAGAAUUCACACUAGAGAGGGAUAUUUUGCGUGCCAACAGUGCGGAAAGUCUUUCAAUGGAAAGGGAAGCCUGAAAGACCACAUGAGAGUUCACACUGGAGAGAGGCCGUACACCUGUCAACAAUGUGGAAAGAGUUUCAAACAAAACAGAAAUCUUGGCGCCCACAUGAAAAUUCACACUGGAGAGAAGUGUGGAAAGCGUUUCAGACAAAAUGAAAACCUGACAGUCCACAUGAGAAUUCACAAUGGAGAGAGCCAAUUCACCUGCCAACAGUGUGGAAAAAGCUUCACUACAAAAGCAAGCCUUAAAAUCCACAUGAGAAUCCACACCGGAGAGAUGCCUUUUGCCUGCCAACAGUGUGGACAAAGUUUCAUUCGAAAGUCAAUGUACCACGUGGCCACACCUCAACAUAAUUUGGACUGUAUAGAGUUAUUUGAUUAA